GAGUGGAGCAGAGGCCAGCCCAGUCCAGCCCCAAACACAGAUGGGACCAUGAACUCCAGGCACAGCUUUAGCCAAACCCCUUCAGCUGCUCUCCAUGGCCCCAGAGGUGCCAGGGCUCAACCCAGGAGCUUCCCCCGAGCCCCCAGCGUGCACGGUGGCGCAGGGGGUGUCCGCAUCUCCCUUUCCUUCACCACACCAAGCUGUCUGCCCCCUGGAGGGUCUUGGGGGUCUGGAAGAGGUGUGUCCCUCCUAAGUGGAAAUGGGAAAGAGACCAUGCAGAACCUCAACAACCGCCUGGCCUCCUACCUGGACAAGGUACGCGCCCUGGAGGAGGCCAACAUGAAGCUGGAGAACCGCAUCCUGCAGUGGCAUCAGCAGAGAGAUCCGGGCAGCCAGAAAGAUUACUCCAAAUACGAGGAAAACAUCAGCCACCUGCAGGAACAGAUAGUGGACGGCAAGAUGACCAAUGCUCAGAUGGUUGUUCUCAUUGACAAUGCCAGAAUGGCGGUGGAUGACUUCAGUCUCAAGUAUGAAAAUGAACACUCCUUUAAGAAAGACUUGGAAAUUGAAGUCGAGGGCCUCCGAAAGACCUUAGAUGAUCUCACCAUCGUCACAACAGACCUGGAACAGGAGGUGGAGGGAAUGAGGAAAGAGCUCAUCCUCAUGAAGAAACACCAUGAACAGGAACUGGGGGAUCAUCAUGUGCCAAAUGACUUCAAGGUCAAUGUGAAGGUGAAUACAACUCCCGGAGAAGAUCUGAUCAAGGUCUUGGAGGAUAUGAGGCAGGAAUAUGAGUUUAUAAUAAAGAAGAAGCAUCAAGACUUGGAUACUUGGUUUAAAGAGCAGUCAACGGUCACAUCCCAAGAGACAGCCAGUCCAGCAACUGUGCAGGGCAGCCAAAGUGACAUCAACGAGCUGAGGCGCACUUUCCAGGCCCUAGAGAUUGACCUGCAGACACAGCACAACAGGAAAUCUGCUUUGGAAAACAUGUUGUCGGAGACCCAGUCUCGGUACUCCUGCCAACUGCAGGACAUGCAGCAGAUUAUCUCCCACUAUGAGCAGGAGCUGAUGCAGCUGCGCCAUGACCUGGAGUGUCAGAACAAUGAAUACAAGGUGCUCCUGGGCAUCAAAACCCACCUGGAGAAGGAGAUCGCCACCUACCGCCAGCUCCUGGAUGGGGAGAGCGAAGGGACGACGGAGGAAUCUAAAUCAAUUACAAAAGCAUCUGCAGCUCCAAAGAUCAAGGCCAUCACACAGGAGAGCAUCAAUGGAAGAAUAAUUCUUUCUCAAGUGAAUGAGAUCCAGAAGCAUGAGUGAAGCCAAUGUAAUUUCUGCCCAUUGUAAAAACUAUUCCCCCCCAAUGGAAAGCCCUUGCCUAGACACUAACGGGUGAGUCUUAAACAGUAUCCUUGGAGUUAUCAAACUCCAGAAACUUUUUUUUUCUUUGUAUAAUCUCACCAGACUUCUCCUAAUGUUCUUGAUAUACUGCUGAACUUUACAAAACAAAAUAUGAGUUUAUGAGAUGAAAACUCUGCUUUUCUACUUACCAUCUUCAGAUUCCCAUCAAUGUGCAUCUGGUUUGUAGCCAAUAAAACUCCACACAAGCUGCA